AUGCAAUUGCUUUUGUUUGCAGGUCUACUGCAAAGAAUGAUUGAAUUGCCUAAAUAUGGCUUCAGAGGCCCUCCUGUUGUUGGAGAACCAGAUUCAUAUCCUCUUAAACGUCACCAAGGGUUCAUCUUACGAUUCCGGCAGAUACUUCCAUACCUCUAUUCAUGGCCAAGGUUUUUGGCUUGGUUCAUUCGAGAUUGGUGGAAUGGAAAAAGGCCAUUCAUGAAUGUCUUCCGUCUGAUCCAAAGCCAAAGAAUAUAUGCUGCUCCAGUGGGUGGAAUGGGGGGUGGGACCAUUGGGAGGAGCAUUACAGGUGGAUUCUGUCGCUUCCAGAUGGCACCUGGGAUAUAUGAGUACAAUUCAGUCUAUGGUGACAACUUCAUUCUCACUGUCAGGAAUCGACUAGGGGGUGUCAUUAUGCAAACAACCCUCAGUCCAAGGGAGAAGAAUGUUUCCACUAGGUCCCUAUCAUCAUGGAAAUGUAACUUAGAGAAGAAAGACAUCUGCCACAUCUCACUCUACCCAUGUUCAUGGUAUAUAUAUGACCUGAAGCAGGUGAACAUCAAACUUACUUGCAAACAGAUCUCUCCCAUCAUCCCUCACAACUACAAGGACAGCUGUCUGCCAGUGGGAGUGUUUGUAUGGGAGGUGGAAAAUAUGGGAAUGAAGGCACAAGAAGAAGUGGAGGUAAGUCUCACAAUGACUUGGAAGAGUGGCACUGGGGAUGCAAAAGAAGAUGGAGUCCCUGGUCAAAGCGUGGAGACGCUGUCCACACAGGACCAUUCCCGCAUUUUACUCCUUCGACACUCCAAGGAGUCUCAACCAUUGACAUAUGGAAUUGGGACUCGCACUGACGUGGAUUCAGGGGUGAAAGUGACAUGGUUGAAGCACUUUGACCCCAAGGGAUCUGGGGAAGAUCUCUGGGAUCUCCUGCUGUCUGGGACUUGGGAAAGAGGAAGGAGGGAUGAAAGGGAAGGAGAUGGGCAUGGCCCUUUGCCUCUCUUUCUAAAGCACUUUGACCCCAAGGGAUCUGGGGAAGAUCUCUGGGAUCUCCUGCUGUCUGGUAAGGGACUUGGGAAAGAGGAAGGAGGGAUGAAAGGGAAGGAGAUGGGCAUGGCCCUUUGCCUCUCUUUCUUUCUUGCACCAUCAUCCAGCAAACAGGUGGCCUUUGCCCUGGCCUGGGACAUGCCAGUAAUACGCUUUCCACAAGGAAGUCAGAGUUACAAGCGACGCUACACACGAUGGUUUGGACAUGAUGAGAGCACUUGCCAGAGGCUCAUUGAUUAUUCAUUGUCAAAUCAUCAUGAAUGGGAAGAGGAGAUCGAGAAGUGGCAGAAGCCCAUACUGGGAAAUCCGGAUCUACCAGAUUGGUAUAAGAGUGCUCUGUUCAAUGAGCUAUAUUAUGUAGCAGAUGGUGGAACUCAAUGGUUGGAGAUGCCCAAUGCUUCUCAGCUGCUGUCCCCACAAGAUCCAAGGAUGGAGUAUGGUCGUUUUGCCUUUCUGGAAUCCCAUGAGUACGUGAUGUUCAACACAUAUGAUGUCUACUUCUAUGCAACUCCUGCCUUCAUCAGCCUCUGGCCCAAGAUUCACUUAUCCAUUCAGUAUGAUUAUGCUGAGGCCAUUCCAAAGGAAGACCACACCAUUGUGCAUCAUAUCUGGCAGAGGACACAUAGUCCUCGAAAAUUGGCCUAUUGUGUCCCACAUGACCUUGGCUGCCCAUUCUGGAAUCCAUUUGAGGAAUUGAAUGCAUAUCCAAUCCAUGACACAUCUGAAUGGAAAGACCUGAAUCUCAAGUUCAUGCUGCAAGUCUACAUUGAUUAUAGGGCUUUCAAGAAUGUUGAUUAUGUCAAGGACAUGUGGCCAAUAGUCUUGAAGAUUCUGGAAAGAUCACUGCGAUGGGAUUAUGAUGGAGAUGGCCUCAUUGAACAUGCUACCUUCCCUGAUCAGACGUAUGAUGAUGUGUUUGGAGCUAAAAAUGUCGCAUCUGCUUUGACGCACAUAUACCAAAAUUGUGUAGAAAAGUACUACAAUGGUCAGCAGGGAGCUGUGAAUGGCUAUGUUCCUGGUCAAGGAGUCGACCAGUCAUGCUUACAGAGUGAGGAAGUCUGGACAGGAGUCUCUUAUGCCCUUGCUUCUUUUCUCAUCUCUCAGGGAAGGAAGGAAGAGGGAUGGAAAACAGGGAAAGGCAUAUAUUGCAGUGUGUGGGAGAAGAGUGGACUGGCUUUCUCAAGCCCUGAAGGCCUGCAAGAAUUGACAUCAUAUCGAGCUCCUGGGUACAUGCGUGCCUUGGCCAUUUGGGCCAUUCAAACUAUUCUUGAUCAAAAUAUAAGGGCAAUCAUGAAGGGUCCCCCAAAGUAUGGAUUCUGUGGUCCUCCAAAGCACUGGGACCCGAAUUCAUACCCUCUGCAGCGGAAACAGACAAUCAUUCUUCGUUUCAACCAAGUCUUGGCUCUCUUCAUCUCCACCCUUAGAUACUUAUGGUGGUAUGUAAAACAAAUGUGGCACCAUCGUAAGCCAUAUGUUGAUGGAUUGCGUCCGGUCCAAUGCUCUCGCAUGCAAGCGGCACCAAUUGGGGGUAUGGGUGGUGGCAGCAUUGGAAGGAGUGUCACAGGAGGAUUCUGUCGCUUCCAGAUGAUUCCAGGAAUCUAUGAGUACCAUUCAGUCUUUGGUGACAAUUUCAUCCUCACUGUCAGGAACAAGCAAGGAAAAGUUCUACAGACUACCCUUGCCCCAAGGGAAAGGGGUAAUUCAAGCAAGGUUCUGUCAUCCUGGAAGUACACCUUAGAGAACAAAGAUUUGUCUCACGUGUCUCUCUACCCAUGUGCAUGGUAUGUGUAUGACCUGUCCGAGGUGAAGCUGAAGCUCACCUGCAAACAGAUCUCUCCCAUCAUUCCUCAUGAUUAUAAAGACAGCUGUCUGCCAGUGGGAGUGUUUGUAUGGGAGGUGGAAAAUAUGGGGAUGAAGGCACAAGAGGAAGUGGAGGUAAGUCUCACAAUGACUUGGAAGAGUGGCACUGGGGAUGCAAGAGAAGAUGGAGUCCCUGGUCAAAGCGUGGAGACACAGUCCACACAGGACCAUUCCCGCAUUUUACUCCUUCGACACUCCAAGGAGUCUCAACCAUUGACAUAUGGAAUUGGGACUCGCACUGACGUGGAUUCAGGGGUGAAAGUGACAUGGUUGAAGCACUUUGACCCCAAGGGAUCUGGGAAAGAUCUCUGGGAUCUCCUGCUGUCUGGUAAGGGACUUGGGAAAGAGGAAGGAGGGAUGAAAGGGAAGGAGAUGGGCAUGGCCCUUUGCCUCUCUUUCUCUCUUGCACCAUCAUCCAGCAAACAGGUGGCCUUUGCCCUGGCCUGGGACAUGCCCAUCAUCAGAUUUCGUCGUGGGACCCAGGUGUUCGAACGCCGCUAUACACGGUGGUUUGGGGCAGAUGACACCACUUGUGGGAAGCUUCUUGAUUAUGCAUUGAGCAACUGGGAGUCUUGGGAGGGAGCCAUUGAGAAGUGGCAGGAACCUGUCCUUUCAAAUCAGGAUCUGCCAGACUGGUACAAGAGUGCCAUCUUCAAUGAGCUAUAUUUUGUAGCUGAUGGAGGGACCCAAUGGCUGGAGAUGCCUGAUUCCUUUAAAUCUCUAUCAACUCAUGAUCCCAGGAAGGAGUAUGGUCGCUUUGCAUGGUUGGAGUCUCAUGAGUACAUCAUGAUCAACACCUAUGAUGUUUACUUCUAUGCAUCCAUUGCUCUGAUUCAUCUUUGGCCCAAGAUUCACCUGUCCAUCCAAUAUGACUAUGCAGAAGCCACUCCACAGGAAGACCUCUCUCCAGUUUACUUCAUCUUCACUGGAGAAACUGGACCGAGGAAGAUUGCUUAUGCUGUCCCACAUGACCUUGGGAACCCUGAUAGCAAUCCAUACUUGGAACUGAAUGCCUACCAGAGUCACAACACUGGGGAAUGGAAGGAUUUGAACCUCAAGUUCAUCCUUCAAGUCUACCGGGACUUUAGGGUUUUUGGGGACCUGGAAUACCUGAAAGACAUGUGGCCAGUUGUGUCUAAGGUUUUGGAACGGUCCUUCAAAUUUGACCAUGAUGGAGAUGGGUUGAUUGAAAAUGGAGGAUUCCCUGACCAGACCUACGACGUUUGGACUAUGACUGGGCCCAGUGCCUAUUGUGGAGGGCUCUGGGUAGCAGCCCUUCAUGGGAUGAUGAAGAUGGCAGAAGCUUUGGGGAAUGAAAAGGAGCAAAAGACAUUGAAGCGUGCAAGAGACAGGGCUUCUUCUGCAUUAGUUGACCAUCUCUGGAAUGGCUCAUACUUCAACUUUGAUUGUUCUGGAAAAGCAGAAGAAAAGGCUGUAAUGGCAGACCAGCUGUGUGGACACUGGGCACUCUUGCUUGCUGGAGAUAAAGAGGAGGUGUUUGAAAAAGAACAUGUGAAACAAGCCUUGAAUGCCAUCUAUUGCAAUAAUGUGGUGAAUUACUAUGGGGGGAAACAAGGAGCAGUUAAUGGAUACAUCCCAGCCAGUGGGAUAGAUUUGACGUGUCCCCAGAGUGAAGAAGUGUGGACUGGUAUCACCUAUGCCCUUGCUUCUCUCAUGAUAAUGGAGGAGGGAAAGACAGCUUUAGAAAGGAAGGCUCAGCAAGUUGAAGCGAAGGGAGCUGAAAUGAGUCAAGAUAAGGUAGCAGGGAAGAAGAAUGAAGAGGAAAAUCAUAGACUAGACUGCAAGGUUGCUUCCAUGACAAAGCCUAAUGGAAAAGGGACAACAGAGGUAUCCAAAUCAAGGCAAGAAUCUGAAGCAAGCAGGAAAGAACACAUAAAACUAGGAAACAAAGACAUCAUCAUCUACUAUCCCUUCAUGGAACAUAAUCCUGAUGAGGUCUGGGGUCAAGCCCAGCUAGACCUGGCUGCAUGUCGAACCCACCCUAAAAUGGCCCUUAGAGCAUCCAUGCUGAUCCUCACAAUCAGCAUCCAUUCAGCCUUGGAAGGCAUUGCUGUGGGAAUGUCCCACGGAUCUCCAACAGUCCUGUUUGACUACAUUGGCAUCACCAUACACAAAUGUGUGGGUGGUUGUGUCAUUGGACUAGAGUCCAUGCUUCACAGACAGUCUCUCCAGUCCAGCAUGGUUCAUCUCUUGGCUUUUGGCAUCAUGACCUCUGUUGCUGGAGGAUCAUCUCUCUCCUCUACCCCCUUAGGGUCCUUCACUGCCUUCCGAGUAGCACCCAAUCCCAAGCCAACAGGCCAUGGAACCUACAGAACUGUGGCCUUUCCUCACCUCUGGAUGACACCUGCCUCAAAGCCUUGGACGAUAUCUACCUCUUCCUUCUCAUCUCGAGUGGCCUCAUCCCUUAGUUUGGAAUCUUCCAACUUCCUUUUCUCUGCUUUCUUCUUAAACCCGAAAGAAAUCGUUGCACUCAUGAUGGGAAGCGUGCGGAAGACGACAGACCCAGCUGUGCAGCAGGUGACAGAAAAGUCUGGUGCAGUUUCUGCUGGACUUGAGGACUAUAAUCCCUUUGCAGACAACUCUGCAACUAGACCAACACCUGUGAGGAUAAGUUUCCUUUUUCCAGUGAAUAAUUUGGGAUUCCAUACCAUGGCUCCUGACAAGCCUCUGUCAGAGAUGUUCAGUGAGCAUCAAGUACGUGGAGCUGCAAACCCUCCUAUGUAUCAGGGUCCAGCUAUGAUGUCCCCAACAACAAUGGCAGCUGGAGGCGAAGCUCUUUCUCCAGCUCCCCCUCCUGUCUACAGUGAAUCUGGACAGCAGAAGAUUGAUACUGCUGAGCUUCAGAGGAGGCAAGAGGAAUUGGAACGCAAGGCACAGGAAUUGGAGAGAAGGGAGGAAGCACUUCGUGCCGGCCCUUACAACACUAGAAAAAACAAUUGGCCUCCCUUGCCCGAUAAAUUUUGCAUCGGGCCAUGCUUCUACCAAGAUAUCAACGUGGACAUCCCGUCGGAAUUCCAGCGGAUCGUCCGACUCGUCUACUACGUUUGGAUGUAUCAUUCAGUGUUGCUUUUUGCAAACCUCCUGGGUGGGCUGGCACUCAUGAUUAAAUUCGGUGAAGGCUCCACAUUCGGCCUAUCCCUCCUCUUCUUCGUCCUCUUUGUGCCGGCCUCCUACGUCUGCUGGUUCCGACCCAUCUACAAGGCUUUCCGCAGCGACAGCUCCUUCAAUUUCUUCAUCUUCUUCUUUGUCUUCUUCUUCCAACUCUGCGUCAGCGUGAUCCAAGCCAUCGGGAUCCCCCAGUCGGGCGCUUGUGGAUUUUUCGUGGGGCUGUCAAAGAUCACGGAUGCACAGGGCUCGAUCGGAAAGUAUGUUGUCGGAGGGCUGGUCCUCUUCAUCGGACUCGGCUUUGCCCUUGCCGCCCUGGCCGACUUCAUCCUUCUCAUCAAGGUAGUUCCCGACCGUAAUCGAGAGAAUGCGAAUGCAAUGCCUUCCUCCCGCCUGGUCGUCCAUAUUGCACGCGGUUGGACGUACGUAGUGAAGUCGUUCUCGGCCGGUCACGUGUUCCUCGGCGUUGUCGUUGCGCUCGUGGCCGCCGGUUUCACCGUCGAAGCUGCCUUGUCGGCUCUCGUUGUCAUUCGGGUGCACCGACUCUACCGAAGCACGGGAGCGAGCUUCGCCAAGGCGCAGCAGGAGUUCACGUCCGGCGUGAUGCAGAACGAGGCGGUGCAGAACGUGGCGGCGAACGCGGCGGCCUCGGCCGUGCAGGCGCAGUUCCAGAGGCAGGAGCCGCGCUACUGAGCGACGCGAUCCGCCCCGGAUCGGCCCGGAGAGUGUGUACAGGUAUCUCGAGAAACACGAAUCUGGUGAAACGGAAAUGAUUUUGUGAUAUCGUCGUGGAUGUGCGUGAGCGAGUGCGUGCGCGAUCGAAGCAUCUCGCGGUUUGCUUUCGCGUUUACGAUCUUGGAGGUGCUCGUUCGAAUGCGUGAGAGAGAAGACGAUGCCCACGAAUGACGUGCACCGAAUCGGACCGUCGCCGCGCACCGCGAUGGAUUCCCGGAGAGAUUGCAAAAUCGUCUGCAGGCGUCCGGUGCACGUCACGCGUGCGAAACCGUGGAUACGAUGGGUGUGGGAAGCGAAAAUCGGCGAUCGAGGAACGGAUCCGUCUCGUCGCCUCGCCGUCAUAUCUUUAUUCGUUGUGUCUCUUUUUCCCUUCUUCCCUUGCUUACGGUUAUAUUUAAUUGGAAGAUUCAUUCCCCGAUACCGAUACCGAAUAAACGUCUCAUCUAUCGGAGCCGAAUACCGAUGA